AUGACAAUACAAUUGAUACUGUUCCUUCUUUCCUUUGAAAAUAUUUUAUCUCUUGCUAAAAAUAAUGAUAGGCUAGACCCAGUUAUGCAAAUAAUUGCUUUUGAAAUUGAAGAAAAUGAUCUUGAUAAAAACUGA